UGCUGCCCAAAGAGCAUUAAAAGAUGGGCCACCAGACCCAAGAAAAAAAUAAAUAGAAAAUCACUUUCAGGGAGAGCUGAGUUAACGAUGAUGGAAUUUAACAUUAACGAACCAAACCGGAAGUGGAAUGCAUUUUUAUUCCAGAUUUUACCGAAUAAUUUAUCAUGGCGGGGUUGGAAGAAUUGAAGAAGAAGCUCACGCCAUUGUUCGAUGCUGAAAGGGGCUUCCCAUCUGGAUCCACCUUGGACCCUUGUGAUUCUUAUAUGCUAUCGGAUGGUGGAACCGUUAAUUUAUUGAGCAGAUCAUAUGGAGUAUACAACAUUAAUGAGCUUGGGUUGCAAAAGUGCACAUCAUGGCCAGUAGAGGACUCGGACCAUAGUGAAAAGACAUAUAGGUGUGCUUCUCGUGAGAUGAGGAUAUUUGGGGCCAUAGGUAGUGGUGCAAGCAGUGUUGUCCAGAGAGCUAUUCAUGUACCCACUCAUCGAAUUCUUGCUUUAAAGAAGAUUAAUAUUUUUGAAAAGGAGAAAAGGCAACAGCUUCUUACUGAGAUCAGAACAUUGUGCGAGGCACCUUGUUAUCAGGGACUAGUGGAAUUCCAUGGAGCAUUUUAUACUCCUGACUCUGGUCAAAUAAGCAUAGCUUUGGAGUACAUGGAUGGAGGGUCAUUGGCAGAUAUAAUACGAGUGAGGAAAUGUAUACCAGAACCAGUCCUUUCAUCUAUGGUUCAAAAACUGUUGCAUGGAUUAAGUUACCUGCAUGGAAUGAGACAUUUAGUUCACAGAGAUAUAAAGCCAGCAAAUUUGCUUAUAAAUCUCAAGGGGGAGCCGAAGAUAACAGAUUUUGGUAUAAGUGCUGGCUUAGAGAAUUCAGUGGCAAUGUGUGCUACUUUUGUUGGAACUGUCACAUACAUGUCACCCGAGCGAAUUCGAAAUGACAGCUAUUCUUACCCAGCUGAUAUUUGGAGUCUUGGGCUUGCACUUUUUGAGUGUGGUACUGGAGAAUUUCCAUAUACUGCUAAUGAAGGACCUGUUAAUCUUAUGCUGCAGAUCCUAGAUGAUCCAUCACCAUCACCGCCAAAGAACAUCUUUUCACCUGAGUUCUGCUCAUUUAUUGAUGCUUGCCUGCAGAAGGAUGCAGAUGCUAGGCCAACAGCAGACCAGCUGCUUUCACACCCAUUUGUUACGAAGUAUGAGGAUGCCGGGGUGGACUUGGGAGCAUUUGUCCGAAGUGUCUUUGAUCCAACGCAACGGAUGAAGGAUUUGGCAGAUAUGCUGACAAUACACUAUUACUUACUUUUUGAUGGACCUGAUGAAGCUUGGCAACAUGCAAAGACCUUGUACAAUGAAUAUUCAACUUUCAGUUUCUCAGGCAAAGAAAAUGUUGGUCCAAAUGAUAGCUUUGCCACUUUGUCAAAUAUUCGGAGCACGUUAGCAGGUGAAUGGCCUCCAGAAAAGCUUGUGCAUGUUGUUGAAAAACUUCAAUGCCGUGCUCAUGGUCAAGAUGGAGUUGCAAUUCGUGUAUCAGGAUCAUUUGUUGUUGGCAAUCAGUUCCUAAUAUGCGGAGAUGGUGUACAAGUAGAGGGUUUGCCAAAUUUUAAAGAUCUUUCAAUUGAUUUAUCCAGCAGACGAAUGGGUACAUUUCAGGAGCAGUUUAUUAUGGAACCAGGAAAUGUCAUUGGCUGUUAUGUAAUUGCUAAACAAGAGCUUUAUAUCAUCCAGUAGAAAAUUAAAUCGUGAGGAUCGUCUCAUCCAAGGGACCCUUGUGAAGCAGGUAAUCACGUCCAAUCCCACGCAAAAGCUUUUAGCCCCAAUUGGGACUCAUUUAUUGCCUCGCCUGUGUUACAAUUUUUCUGGGAUCAUACCUUUAUUGUGAUUAAUUUAAAUUAUGGGUCAGCAGCACAUUCAGUGAUUGUUCCUGAGUGUCAUUUGGUGGUGUACGAAACUUGAAUCAAGGACAGUUUUUACACGUAUAUAUCAUCAUAAGUUCAAGUCAA